AUGCCGCGCUCCUUCCUGGUGGACUCGCUGGUGCUGCGGGAGGCGGGCGAGAAGAAGGGAGAGGGCAGCCCUCCGCCGCCGCUCUUCCCCUACGCCGUGCACCCCUCGCACCCGCUGCCCGGGCUGCCGGCCGGCGCCUGCCACGCUCGCAAGGCCGGGCUGCUCUGCGUCUGCCCGCUCUGUGUCACCGCCUCCCAGCUGCACCCGCCGCCGCCCGCCAUCCCCCUCAUCAAGGCUUCCUUCCCUCCCUUCGGCUCCCAGUACUGCCACUCGCCCCUGGCCCGCCAGCAGCACUCCGUCUCCGCCGUCGGCGUCGGGCACGCCCCGGCGCUCUACCAGGGCGCCUACCCGCUGCCCGACCCCCGGCAGUUCCACUGCAUCUCCGUGGACAGCACGUCCAGCCAGCUGCCCAGCAGCAAGCGGAUGCGCACCGCGUUCACCAGCACGCAGCUCCUGGAGCUGGAGAGGGAGUUCGCCUCCAACAUGUACCUCUCCCGACUGCGGCGAAUCGAGAUCGCCACCUACCUGAACCUCUCUGAGAAGCAGGUGAAGAUCUGGUUCCAGAACCGACGGGUCAAGCACAAGAAAGAAGGCAAAAGUAGCUCCCACCGGGGCGGGGGGGGCGGCCACAGCUGCAAAUGCUCGUCCCUAUCCACCACUAAGUGCUCGGAGGACGACGAGGACUUGCGCAUGUCUCCGUCCUCCUCGGGGAAGGACGACAGAGGUCUCGCAGUCACCCCCUAA